CAUUUCAUCUCCAGCUUCUUAUUACUGCUUUCGUUUUAGCAAAUCGCAUGAGAUACGAUGAAUACAGUUAAGGGAUUCAGAUUCCACCCAACUGAUGAAGAACUUAUCGAGUUUCUGCACAUCAAAACCUCCGACCGUCAUUCUCUAGUCCAAGUUAUUGAUGAAGUCCCCGACAUCUGCCAGUGGGAGCCUUGGCAAUUAGCUGAGAGUUCGAAAUUGCAGACCGGGGAUCGAUUAUGGUAUUUUAUAUACUCACCAAAAUACAAAUAUCGAAAUAGUAAACGUAUUAACCGUACAACCCGUGACGGUUAUUGGAAACCUACGGGCAAUGCUCGUAAAGUUAUAGACCCUAAAACACGGAAGUUAAUUGGCACCAAGAAGACCUUGGUUUACUAUAAAGGUCAAUGUAAUGAUGGAAACAAAAUCAAGACUUGUUGGGUUAUGCAUGAGUAUGAACUCAAGGCUGACCUUAACUCAUCUGACACUGAUCAAAAAACUUUCAACCUUUGCAAACUGAAGAGAAGAGUUGAUUUAUCGAGCACUAAUGCUGGUCAAUCAGGUCAGGACAAUGAAGGUUAUGGUGUUCAUGAUAGCUGUGCCGGAGAAAAAAGUAAUCAACAUAAUAUGGUUAGUGAGGAUGCAGUCUCUGACUUAUCAUCUAGUUUGGUAAAUCCUGUUGAUAAGGAUGUGAUUCCAAAAGUAAGAUGCCCAAUGCUAAAUUUCAUAAUCGUUUAUCUUAGAUGAUUGACUAUCUAAAAAGAAUGCUCAUUUCUCUGGCUCAGGAAACUUUACACCUUAAAAAGAUGUCAAAGGAAUGCAGUGGACCUGAAGACAAGAAUGGGGUUCAAAAACUGUAUAACACCAUUGAAAAGGAUAAUAAGUCCUGCAAUUCAGUUCUUACUGAUGGUGAUGAUGAAACCAUCACCAUGGAAAGAAGUGCAGCUGAACUAUUCGAAGUGCCUUCAAGCUUCGGGCUGCCUCUUGCCGAUAACAAUUUAAUUCCGAUGGACUUUUCAUACUAUGAUGGAGGAUCAUUUGACGGGCUAUUCAAAGAACCAGAGCCAACUAACAACUCUAAUUGGAUUCAAGACCAAUAUAUCACCAACAUAGAAGAUGUUGAAUUCUUGGAUUCAAUUUUUGAUAUCAAUGAACCCUACCUCCAAGAGAAAAACAGACAGGAGUGCUUGCCUGCUGAAAAUGAAGCCUUUAGCUGGCCGUGUUUAGGUGUGAUGAAACCAUCUGACUCAAUCAAGAAACCUAGAAAAAAACCACGUCUUCUGCAUGACAGUCAUGUAGAAACUGCAGAUGCUCAAGUUGGUUGAAACAUCACAUUUC